AUGACUUCCGUUUCCGAGGCUCACAGAGGCGCGAGGAGAGUGGAGCUCGGCCACACGCCACCCCUGCGGCUCGCAUUUGGUACGGCCCACUCCGGCUUACGACAUUCCGCCUCCGGCGCCUCGCGCAGUUCCGCCGUGGCCCCCAUGGAGGAGAGUCGUGCGCCGGUCGGGUCUCCCCGGGAGCCGGAGGGCCGCUCCCGGCCCCGCAACAAGUAUUCGGUGCUGUUACCUACCUACAACGAGCGCGAGAACCUGCCUCUCAUCGUGUGGCUGCUGGUGAAAAGCUUCUCCGAGAGUGGAUUCAACUAUGAAAUUAUAAUCAUAGAUGAUGGAAGCCCAGAUGGAACAAGGGAUGUAGCUGAACAGUUGGAAAAGAUCUACGGAUCAGACAAAAUUCUUCUAAGACCACGGGAGAAAAAGUUGGGACUCGGAACUGCAUAUAUCCACGGAAUGAAGCACGCCACAGGAAACUACAUAAUUAUCAUGGAUGCUGACCUCUCCCACCAUCCAAAAUUUAUUCCUGAAUUCAUUAGAAAGCAAAGGGAAGGUAAUUUUGAUAUUGUCUCUGGAACUCGCUACAAAGGAAAUGGAGGUGUGUAUGGCUGGGAUUUGAAAAGAAAAAUAAUCAGCCGUGGGGCCAAUUUUAUAACUCAGAUCUUGCUGAGACCAGGAGCAUCUGAUUUAACAGGAAGCUUCAGAUUAUAUAAAAAAGAAGUUCUACAGAAGUUAAUAGAAAGAUGUGUCUCUCGAGGCUAUGUCUUCCAGAUGGAGAUGAUUGUUCGAGCGAGGCAACUGAACUACACUGUUGGUGAGGUUCCAAUAUCAUUUGUGGAUCGUGUUUAUGGUGAAUCCAAGUUGGGAGGAAAUGAAAUUGUCUCUUUCUUGAAAGGAUUAUUGACUCUUUUUGCUACUACAUAAAAGAAAAUUACUCAUUUCUACUUAUGUUCAUUUCAAUUGAAAUAUAAAAGGAGCCCUCUUACUGAUUGUUGUAACAUGUACUCUUAGAGCAUAACCAUAAGGUAAGGUAAAUUUUAUAUGAAUAUGUUGUUUCGAGAAACUCCAUUUUUUACUUGAAACUAAAUUUUAAAGUUACUUGCCUAAUGUGCAGUGCUCUCAGUUUUCAUUUACAUUUUGCUGUAUUAAGACCUGUAAAUAAAUGCACAUGGAUUUUCAUAUUAAAUGUUACUGGUUUCUUUAGACUAUAUGAUUGCAGAAUUUCUUACAUAGGACAGAAUCUGUAU